GGAAAAGUCAAAGUUGACACGAUAUUAUAAUAUCUGUAUCUAUCGGCCCAAGAAAAAGAAAAAGAAAAAGAGAAAGAAACGAUUAAUCACUAUGUGUGAGGGUGUUUGUUAUUCAAUUGAACGAUUGAUCUUCACAACUUCGCCGCAAAUCCCUCCGAUUCUUUGCUAGUUUAAUCGCAUACUCACUGUUGGUAGAUGGGCGUUUGUGAGUUGGGACUACAUUGUAAAGUUGAAACAAAGAAGGAACAACAAGUAAUGGAGCGAGCAGAAACCAGGGAGGACAAUGGGCAUGUGAUUGAUAUAACAACUGAACCUUCUUCUUCAUCUACCUCAACACAAGAUAGACAAGUGAACAGGUCAAACGCACAGCAGAAUGAAAACCUCCCUUCAACCAGUGUAAGCGAUCCUGUUUUUCAACAUUCUUUCUCUACUACCAAUGUGACAAAUCCAAGAAAUACACCAUUUGCUAGGAGGGCAAAUGGGACAAAUGGUCGUCGUAGGAGUCCAUUGAAUUCUGGAUAUUGGAUAUGUUUUGAAUUAGUUAUAACAAUGAGCCAAAUAAUAGCAGCCAUUGUCGUUCUGUCCAUGUCCAGACAUGAGCACCCUCGUGCUCCUUUAUUUACAUGGGUUAUUGGUUAUGCUUCUGGAUGUGUUGCAACUCUCCCUCUUCUCUUUUGGCGUUUUUAUUAUCGCAAUGAAACAUCAGAACAAGAUCCAGCUCAGCCUCGCCAAAAUUCUUCCCCAAAUUUCCUUUCUGCCAUGGCUACCUCUUUAACUUCUUCAAAUGCAAGGUCUUCUGUAGGUGACACUAAUAAUGCCACUAGUACAACAAGACCUGUAAGGGUAUUGCUGAAUGCAAGACUGAAAGUACUUGUUGAAUACUUCAAAAUGGGGCUGGAUUGUUUUUUCGCAGUCUGGUUUGUUGUUGGGAAUGUGUGGAUCUUUGGAGGUCAUUCUUCUCUUUCUGAUGCACCCAACUUGUACAGGUUAUGUUUAGUGUUUCUUGCCUUUAGCUGUAUUGGGUAUGCAAUGCCUUUCAUCUUGUGUGCCACAAUCUGUUGCUGCCUCCCUUGUAUUAUUUCAGUCAUGGGUAUCAGGGAAGAUCUUUCACAAAAUAGAGGAGCCACUUCUGAAUCGAUUAAUUCUUUGCCUACUUACAAAUUUAAAAUCAAGAAACAUAAACAUGGGAGUAACAGAGGGUCCCACGAAAGUACAACCGAAGGCGGUGUUGUGGCUGCAGGAACAGAACAUGAAUGUGUCCUUUCAGGAGAAGAUGCGGUGUGCUGUAUUUGUUUGGCAAAGUAUGCAAACAAUGAUGAACUGAGGCAGUUGCUGUGUAGUCACUUCUUUCACAAAGAUUGUGUGGACAAAUGGUUAAAGAUUAAUGCUUCGUGUCCUCUUUGUAAGAGUGAAGUUGGGGAGAGUGCUAUGAAUUCAUUAACAGAAUCAACAGUUGCUGGUGCACAAUUAUAGCAUGGUGGUUAAUUAGGUUCAUUUAGGGUUUUUAUAAGACAUAUAUACGAGAAUGUUAAUAUGCAUAUGGUGGUGCUUUUAAGAGUG